AUGAUAAGUUAUUACCUAAGUCUCUCAAAUGUGUCUUCCUUGGUUACACUUGUCAUUAGAAGGGAUAUGGGCAUUAUUGUCCCUUCCUCGAUGAAUAAGGCCCUAAGUCAUUCUAGUUCACGAAGUAUGGUGACUGAAGAAAUGCAGGCACUUGAGUUGAAUGCCACUUGGCAGCUGGUCCUUCAUCCUUCAUCCAAAUCGGGGGUAGGCUGCAAAUGGGUGUAUAUUGUUAAAGUUGGUCCUGAUGGCUUCAUGGAUCGAUUGAAGGUUCACUUGGUGGCUCAGGGGUUCACACAUAUGUACGGUGAAGAUUAUUUUGAGACCUUUUCUCCAAUAGCUAAGAUUACUUCUUUUCGUUUUUUUUCUGUUCUUGUUGUUCAAUUUUCUUGGCCACUAUAUUGGUUGGAUGUGAAGAAUGCAUUUCUUUAUAGAGAUCUGCAAGAAGAAGCAUAUAUGGAGUAG